AUGACCGUUCCUGCCACCCCACACUCUCGAGAUAAACCCAACGGCGUCAAGGCGGAGUUGCCACCCGCCGGAGGUGUCGUCACUCAAGCAUCUGGCGACCUUGAAGCUGGGCCUGGAGAAGCAAUCCCCAUCCCCCCAGACCCGAGGACAGGAUUAGACCCAAAGCAAAGCCCCAAUGCCAGGGAACAUGGCAGCAAAGACGCACUUGAUGACCAGACAUCUCGCCUGCCAUUUCGUCGGCUAAUGGCGGCGUACUUGUGCCUUGCACUUAUCUACUUCAUCUCUACCCUUGAUAUCAACUCUGUUGCCACAGCACUGCCAGCAAUCUCACGGUCGCUGGAUGCAGGAAGCAGCAUCACCUGGGUUGGUACUGCCUACUUGAUGGGUCAGACCAGCUUUCAAGCAUUGUACGGCCGGCUCUCUGAUAUCUUUGGUCGCAAACCUGUCUUGUUGGCAUCUAUCGGCUGCCUAAUCGUUGGUGAUAUCCUUUGCGGCUUUGCCACAAAUGUGACGUGGCUAUAUGUAUGCCGUGCGCUAAGCGGCGUGGGAGGUGGUGGCAUUAGCUCUCUUGUUCAGAUCACCGUUAGUGAUCUUGUCAGCCUCAAGGAACGAGGGAAGUACCAAGGAAUGCUCAGUGGGGCUAUCGGUCUCGGUGCUGGCACGGGCCCUUUUCUCGCCGCCGCCUUCAUAGAUGGCGAUAGUACCGACGGCGAUGGCUGGCGAUGGAUCUUCCGGGUACCACCUAUAUUGGCUGCUGUCUGCCUACUUGCCAUGUCGAUGGCCCUACCACUUAAGCCAGUCACUGGUAGUUGGCGAGAGAAACUCGCAAAGAUCGACUGGUUUGGACUUGGUGCUGCUGUCACCGCCGUCGUCUUUGUCCUAGUCCCCAUCAACUCGGGAGGUAGCAUCUUCCCCUGGAACAGUGCUUUGGUCAUUGCGAUGCUCUCGAUAGGUUUCGUCUUCUUUAUCGUCUUAGCUGUCAUCGAGAAGAGGUUUGCCCGUAUUCCUAUUAUCCCACUGCGUCUGUUUACCCAAAGGUCUACAGCUGCAAUUAUGGUUCAGAGCGCCCUUUACAACUCUGUGUGGCAGAUCGAUAUCUACUUUUUACCUAUCUACUUUCAACAAGUCCGUGGAUACUCUGCUUUGCAGAGCGCAAUUCUUGUUCUUCCGUUGCUGCUCCUGCAGAGCCUUGCUGGAGUGGCUUCUGGCCCCAUAAUGAGUAAGAUUGCAAGAUACGGACCGGUCUUGUACUCAGGGAUGGCCCUGUGGACCUUGGGUGCUGGCCUCAAAAUUCUAUUCUCCCUGGAUACUUCGGUGCCUGUAUAUGUAUUAGUACUUGCUAUUGAAGGCAUCGGUAUCGGCCUUGUGUUGCAGCCUGCCUUAGUUGCCUUGCAAGCGUUGUCCAGGAAAGAGGAUCGCGCAGUGGCUACUUCGGUACGCAACCUCAUGCGAAUGCUUGGGUCUGUCUUUGGUAUGGCAUCCUCCACAGCCAUAAAGUAUGCUGUCACCAAAGCAGCACUUCCGACGAGUAUGCCCUUGGCACUGCAAGCAGUUGUCAUGGACGGGACAUGGGUCAGAGGGGAUCCUGCUUUCGUUGAAUGGGAAGCAGCUGUACUAGACGCUGAAAUGCGUGGAAUACGUGCUGUUUUCAUCAUGAUGGCACCAUUGAUUGGUGCAUGCCUUCUGGGUUGCUAUUUUAUCCCCGACUCUAUUUUGAAGGGGGAUGAAAAAGGUCAGAGGCCCCAAGAUAGCCAUCCGGCUGAGAAAGGUAGUUAG